CAACCCCACGGCAGCCUGAUCACAAGGUGAUACAAGCUUCGUCUUGUGCUUGUGUGAGUGUUCUGUUCUAACAAGAAGGCGAUAAUCGCGUACAAGGGCGUAACAACAGAAUCUACCUUCAUGAAGGUUGAUACCCUGGCUACAUGACCACAGCGUCCGAGGAUCGGACCACCUGCUGGAGGAUUAAUGAAUAUUUGCUCACUCUGCAACAAGGCCGCCAUGUUGGCGCAUGCAAUAUUCGACGCGAUACGGGGCCCAAUAGUCAUGUUAGCUUGCGCUCCGCAUCCACAUCUGUAUUUUUGUAGCAUGAAUUCCACAUCUUCCGGUGUUGAUAUAUGGCCAUCUGUCCUAGUGGAGCUCGAACUCCGCUCACUACACCAGCAAACGGGCUAAGAGUUCUGGCUUUGAUCCAUCUGCAACCAAGCCGCAGCUGGUCUGGGACAUCUUACCUUGUUACGGCGACCGAAAACAACAAAUUGAGCAGAGCGACGGUGAACUGGGGCUGGCUCCUUCCACAAGAACGAGUACGACCGUGCAUUUUCUUACACAGAUUGCCUGCGAACCACACUAUUCAAUUACCAAGCCUUCUUCAGCUUAGGAACAUCGUACCCUGCGGACGAUUCGUCCAGGCCACACUUCCCGCGUUGUGUGCAACCACGAAGUCUUCCAGGGCUCCUUCCCCAAUCGUCAUGUCAAGAGCUCGUAUGCACGAAUGGAGUCACAUAGCUCGAGACAGAUCUGAUCUGCCCGUGCAAAGCAAGGAUACCCAUUAUCGUCCGGCAAGCCACAAUGGCAUGAUAUUUUCCCAGCUGCCUCUCUCAUGACCGGGCUUGUUCUCCUUGUCAUGUAUCGGUCCAAGCCUCGAAGCA